AUGAACCACAUCAAUCAUGUGUAUUUGAAGAGGAGAGGAAAGAGACGAGCAUGUACCUUUUCGCCAGUUAAGGUUCUCUCCGCAAUCGAAUUGGCUAAUGAGGUAAUGGCAUCAACUGUUGGAGCUGCCAUUGCCUCCCAUAUGGACAUAGACAAAGUUAGUUUCACGGGAUCAACAGAUGUUGAGAGGAAGAUAAUGCAGCUCUCAGCCGCAAGUAACCUCAAAAAAGUUUGCCUUGAAUUGGACGGGUAA